AAAAAUAGGAUUAAAAUUAUAUAGAAAUUUCCCGUAAUUUUGUUGAUCAAUUAUAGAGCACGUUAUCUCUGCAUAGCAAGCAAGUAAUCAUGGGCGGGCUGAGAAGGGAAUAUGCCAUUGACUUGUAAUGUUCCACAGAAUCCACCCACAGACAUUCUCAGAUGCCAUUAAUAUGAUGUCGUUUUAAGAUAAAUAAACGCAACAUUUUCCUUUUUCUUUUUAAUUUUUCUACUCACAUCAUCACAUGCACGCUUCCUUUUUCUUUCAUUUUCUCCCAGGUACUUUCUAUUGCUAUGAUUUUCAAUCCUAUUCAUCACUUCUUAAUUUGUUUAUUUGAUUCAUUUCACUUCGAUUAACUUUGCAAAGAUUGUUAAAGAAGCUUAUUCUUUUAUUUUUAUUUUUAUCUUUCAUAUUUCCUUUGAUUUGGAUGUUGUUGGUCGGAAAUGAGUUUUGGUAGGUUGCGGUUUGCAGUGGUAGAGGUUUUUUUUUUUUUUUUUUUUUUAAGAAAAGCCCUAAUGCUCUGUUUGGUUAUCGAGGAAAGGUUGGGAGGGUGAAUGAUUAAAAAUUUGUUAAAGUCUUUUAUACUUCAUUGAAAUAACCUGAAAUUUUGAUUUUCCUGAACUGAUAUAGACAGCAAAAUAUACAGGGUUACUUUUAUUUUUCUUACUUGAGCUAUUAUGAUUGUGUGGUUCGCGGUAUUUCUUAAAAAUAAUGCGUAAUAGUUGAUUGCAGUGAAAAACAAUGAUCAGCUGUUAUACUACAAUGAUGCACUAUGUUACUUGAAACAAAUGUUGAAGUUGGAUAUCAUUAAUUAUGAAAAGAUAUGAUCAUAUUUCACCAAUUUGUUCAAUCCUAUUUAUUCAUGGACUAUUAAAUUAAACGUCUUUGCUUUUUUUUUUUCCAUUGUUUUUUACUUUUUUCUUUUCCUUAAAUUGUAAUGCUAUUAAUCAACUAGAAAUAUUAUCAAGUCCUUUGAAUGACUUUUGUUCUAUUGGAUAUGUAAUCAGGGUUCUGGAGCCAGCCAGUACAGUUAUUUUAGUCUCAAGAAGUGUGGUUGAUCCACAAUAACUUGAAUUGUGUGCAGUUAACCUGUGUUAAUGCAAACACAUCAAUGUGUUCUGAUAACCGAUUUGUUGGUUUAUUAGAUAACUUCAGAAUGGAGAGGGUUAGGACAAUUCUAACUGAUGCGCAUCCUUACCCACAUGAGCAUUCACGUCAUGCCAUAAUUGCUGUGGCUGUGGGUUGUCUGUUUUUUAUCUCAUCGGAUAACAUGCAUACCCUCAUAGAAAAAUUGGAUAAUAAUAUUAAAUGGUGGUCUAUGUAUGCCUGUUUGCUUGGUUUUUUCUAUUUCUUUUCAUCUCCAUUUAUAGGGAAGACUAUUAAACCAAGCUACUCAAAUUUUAGUCGCUGGUAUAUAGCUUGGAUUUUAGUUGCAGCUCUGUAUCACCUUCCUAGUUUUCUGUCAAUGGGAGUAGAUCUGAGGAUGAAUUUAUCAAUGUUUUUGACAAUAUUCCUCUCUUCUAUUCUGUUUCUUCUUGUCUUUCACAUUAUAUUUCUUGGCCUUUGGUACCUUGGUCUUGUUUCUCGUGUGGCUGGAAAAAGGCCAGAGAUCUUGACGAUUCUUCAAAAUUGUGCUGUCAUUAGUAUAUUCUGCUGUGUAUUCUAUAGUCAUUGUGGCAAUCGCGCCAUGUUGAGACAGAGACCACUUGAGCGAAGAUAUUGGUUUUCUUUCUGGAAAAAAGAAGAGAGGAACACAUUGCUUGCCAAAUUCCUCCGCAUGAAUGAGUUGAAAAACCAGGUGUGCUUGUCUUGGUUUGCUCCAGUUGGGUCUGCAAGUGAUUAUCCACUUUUGUCCAAGUGGGUUCUAUAUGGGAAGUUGGGUAGUGACAAUGAAGGUUCAUCAGAUGAAAUUUCUCCUAUAUACUCAUUGUGGGCCACCUUUAUCGGCCUUUACAUUGCCAACUAUGUAGUGGAAAGGUCAACAGGGUGGGCUCUUACUCACCCCUUAUCAGUUGAAGAAUAUGAAAAGAUGAAGAAGAAGCAAAUGAAGCCUGAGUUCUUGGACAUGGUUCCUUGGUAUUCAGGAACAUCAGCUGAUUUGUUCAAAACAGCUUUCGACCUCCUGGUUUCAGUAACUCUGUUUGUUGGCCGCUUUGACAUGCGCAUGAUGCAGGCAGCAAUGAACAAGGUUCAAGAGGGUGCUCAGCAAGGAGAUUUUUUUUAUGAUCAUUUUAGUGAAAAGGAAGAACUGUGGUUUGACGUCAUGGCUGAUACUGGUGAUGGUGGAAACUCAUCGUACUCUGUGGCUCGGCUACUUGCUCAGCCUUCUAUUCGGGUCAUUAAAGGUGAUUCCGAUUCCACCUUACCACGUGCAGAUGUGUUACUUAUUGGAGGGGAUCUUGCGUACCCUAAUCCAUCAGCAUUCACAUAUGAGAGGCGCCUUUUCCAGCCCUUUGAAUAUGCUCUUCAGCCUCCACCAUGGUAUAAAAAAGAACAUAUUGCUGUAAGCAAGCCUGAGCUACCCGGUGAGGUUUCAGAACUGAAGCAAUAUAAAGGGCCUCAGUGUUUCAUCAUUCCUGGAAAUCAUGAUUGGUUCGAUGGGCUGCAUACUUUUAUGAGGUAUAUAUGCCAUAAGAGUUGGUUGGGUGGCUGGUUUAUGCCUCAGAAGAAGAGUUAUUUUGCUUUGCAACUCCCAAGAAGAUGGUGGGUUUUUGGUCUUGAUCUAGCUCUUCACAAUGAUAUUGAUGUGUACCAGUUCAAGUUAUUUGCUGAACUAAUAAUGGAAAAGGUUGGAGAGCAUGAUUCUGUCAUUAUCAUGACACAUGAACCGAAUUGGCUUCUUGAUUGGUACUAUAAUGAUGUUUCUGGGAAUAAUGUCAAGCACCUGAUAUGUGAUUAUUUGAAAGGAAGGUGUAAGCUCUGGAUGGCUGGGGACUUGCAUCAUUAUAUGCGUCAUUCAUAUGUUCCAUCUGAUGGGCCUAUUCACGUGCAACAUUUACUUGUGAAUGGUUGUGGUGGGGCGUUUUUGCAUCCCACCCACGCCUUCAGUAAGUUUAGUGAAUAUUAUGGGACUAAAUAUGAAAGCAAGGCUGCUUAUCCUUCUUUUGAAGAUUCAAACAGAAUAGCAUUGGGGAAUAUUUUGAAGUUCCGAAAGAAGAACUGGCAGUUUGAUUUCAUUGGUGGCAUUAUAUACUUUGUGUUAGCUUUUUCUAUGUUUCCACAAUGUAAGCUCGAUCACAUCUUGCGAAACGAUUCAUUUUCUGGUCACUUGAGGAAUUUCUUUGGCUCGGUUUGGAAUUCUUUUGUGUACGUGCUGGAACACUCUUAUGUAUCCUUGGCAGGUACUUUGCUGCUGCUAAUUGUAGCAAUUUCAUUUGUCCCGUCCAAAGCAUCUCGGAAGAAGCGGGUAAUAAUUGGAAUGCUACAUGUUUCUGCACAUCUGACAGCAGCUAUAAUUUUGAUGCUGCUAUUGGAAUUGGGUGUGGAGACAUGCAUCCGUCAUAACCUGCUUGCUACUUCAGGUUACCACACUUUAUACCAGUGGUACCAAUCAGUAGAAAAAGAGCACUUUCCAGAUCCUACUGGCCUUCGAGCUCGUAUAGAACAAUGGACCUUUGGCCUUUAUCCAGCAUGUAUCAAGUAUCUUAUGUCUGCAUUUGACAUUCCAGAGGUUAUGGCUGUAACCCGGAGCAAUAUUUGCAAGAAGGGGAUGGAGUCACUCUCUCGAGGGGGUGCUGCCAUAUAUUAUUCUUCUGUCUUUCUCUAUUUCUGGGUCUUCUCAACACCUGUGGUUUCAUUAGUGUUUGGAAGCUACUUGUACAUCUGCAUUAACUGGCUUAACAUACACUUUGAUGAAGCUUUCUCUUCUCUCCGAAUUGCUAAUUACAAGGCAUUCACUCGAUUUCACAUCAAUCGUGAUGGAGAUCUUGAAGUUUUCACUCUUGCAGUUGAUAAGGUUCCGAAGGAAUGGAAGCUGGAUCCUGAUUGGGAUCGGGAGACAAAUCCACAGCAACCGAGCCACCUUCGACAAUUUCCUAGCAAAUGGAGUGCAGCCACGCCGCACCAGGACCCGAUUAAUACUGUAAGGAUUAUAGAUCAGUUUGUUAUUCGACAAACAGAAAAAAGCUGAUUUCACAGUCAGUAAAGGAUUGGUUAGUUGCUGAUCUACUCAAACUUUGUAACAUUAUUGUAGUUAUUAAAUUUUUUUAAUGAAAAGAAAAAGGGAAAAAAAUUCCCUAUAGCUUCCA